AUGGCAUCAUCAAGCAGAUCUUCAAGAGCACCAGCCAGACAGGACCGGGCCACGAGCGCUGACGAAAAAGAGGAAUUCUGCGACAAGCUUGUCUCUGAUCUUCUCAAGAAGCUGAACCAAUUUAAGGCUGAUAUUAAGGAGGAUAUUGAUUACUUGAAGGGAAAGGGCGUAGAUAAUGUAGACUGGGGGGCGGAGUGCCAUGCACAGGGCAAAAUUUGGAAUGAGCUGACCCAGGAAGUGGGUGACGUGCAGGAAAUGCUUGAUUCUAUGCAGACAGCGGGGUAUAGCAGCCGUGAGACUGCUAAGAAUAGGAUAAUCAGGAAGUACGAAGAGGCCCUGAAAGCUCAGAAGAGGUUUCUUCAGUUUUGUGAGAAGCAUAUGCCUCCUAGGCGCUAG